AUGGAUGUUCCACGGGCUCAUCUGUCUUUGGAGGUUAUCGUUGUCGGGGCCGGAAUCGGCGGUAUGGCAGCAGCUCUCACAUUAGGACUUCGAGGACACCAUGUCAUGAUUUUUGAAGCUGCCCCGAAGCUCAUGGAAGUGGGAGCUGGCAUUCAAGUCUCCCCAAACAUGCUCCGUCUCUUCGACCGAUGGGGCGUCUCGGACCUAAUUCACGCUCAAGAUGUAGCACUUGAGCACAUUCACGUCCGAAGAUGGGAAGACGGCUCCCUCCUCGGCACAAUGCCCGUGAAUAAAACCUACGGACAGCAAGUAGUAAUCCACCGGGCCGAUUUGCACAACGCCAUCAUCGACAAAGCACUGUCCCUGCCCAACGUGGAACUACGCGAGAACUCACAUGUCGCAGAUGUAUCCUUCGAUCCGGCCAGCGUGACGUUGGCAAACGGCACGGUUAUCAAAGGCGAUAUCGUGAUCGGAGCAGACGGAAUCAAAUCGACUAUCCGGGCUCAUCUCCUUGAUGAUUCAUCCUUAAAGGCUAUUCCUACUGGCGAUGCUGCGUAUCGGAUUAUGUUGCCGAGAGAGAUUAUGGAGAAAGAGCCUGAACUCAAGAGUCUUAUUGAUCAACCUGAGGCGACGCGUUGGCUUGGUCCUAAUCGGCAUAUUAUUGCGUAUCCCGUUCGCAAUCAUCAAUUAUAUAACGUUGUGCUGCUGCACCCUGACGUGCAAGGCUCUGAGGAGUCGUGGACCACUAAGGGGUCGAAACAGGCUAUGGUUGAUAACUAUGAUGGGUGGGAUAGCAAGGUGCGGAAACUUAUCGAUCUCGUUAAUGAUAAUGAGGUUUUGGAGUGGAAGUUGUGUUUGCAUCGGCCGUUAAGGACUUGGAUACGGGGGUCUGUUGCUUUGAUUGGUGAUGCUUGUCAUCCGAUGCUUCCAUAUGUCGCCCAAGGCGCUGCUCAAGCUGUCGAAGAUGCUGCUGCUCUGGGUAUCCUUCUCUCGAAUAUUACAUCACGGGCUGAGAUCCCAUUGGCAUUGAGUGCAUAUGAACGAUCUCGCAAACAGCGCGCCGAGACGGUUCAGCAGUCCGGUUCUGAGAACCGUAUCACGUUACACCUACCAGAUGGACCUGAGCAGGUCGCCCGUGAUGCGCAGUUCCUUGCAUCUGCUAACGGCGAAAAUCCUGAUAAAUGGUCGGAUCGCAGGACACAGGAGUUCCUUUGGGGCUGGGAUGCUGAGAAGGCUGCUUUGGCUACUUGGGAUGAACUUGAGCUGGGGAAGGCUCGAGCAAAUCUUUGA